AUUGAUAUUUUAAGGAACCCUACGAAGGAUUUUGGGUUUUUAGGGUUCCAUUUCAUGCUUUUACGAAUGGAUAUCGACACUGAUAUUUCUCAUUGGAUUCUCGAAUUCAUCCUCCGGCAACCGCUCGACGACGGCAUUCUUAACGGCCUCAUUCACGUUCUUCCACUCUCAAACGACAAGCCGAAUUUAAAAAAGGCGCUGCUUAUUCGAAAAAUCGAAUCUGAGAUUUCUAACGGUUCAGUUAAUGAAAAAAUCCUUGAAUUUCUCGAACUGAUUGAGGAACUAAAUCAUCAAGACGGGAUUGAAGCUUCAGAGGUUAUGAAAGCCGCGUAUUGUGCGGUGGCAGUGGAGUGUACGGUGAAGUUUUUGAAUAGUGAAGGGACAGGAGGUGAUAAAGGUAAGUAUUUUGACGCAGUAAGGAGGAUAUGGAAACGGAGAAUCAAUUUAAUGGAGAAAAUGGAGAAUGUAGGGUUUGUAUCGGAAGAGUUAUGGAAUUGGAGGGAUGAAAUAGAGGCGGCUCUAUGGGAUGAUAAGUGUUCUUACAAUGUGAUAAGGAAGAGUAAAGGCAUAGUUGCUGUUGAGUCGGUUAAGUUUUUUGUUAGAGAAGCUAAAGAGAGAAUGGGGUCUCCUUUUCUUGAUGUUGUGGCGGAAACUUACCAGUCUGAUGAGACAAUGAAGGCACUUUUUGGAGAGGUGAACAAAGAAGGAGCUUGCUGGGAAAAUUACAGAGAAGUGUCCAAAGGAAGUGCAUUGCGCAGGAAGAAGCAUGUUGCUUUCAAACGCACCAGAGGAGGUGUCAGGAUCAGUGAUUCUAUUGAGUCAGAACUUGAGGCGUCUGGUGGAGGUGGUCAGGAUGGUUUACCGCCUUCAGCUGAAAUACAGAAAGCAGAGAAAGCACUUAAAUUGAGUUCAUUGGAGCUGCGUGCUAUGGUAAAGGAUCCUCUACCUGAUGCACUACGUUUUGCUGAGACUCUUUCUUUGGCAAGGGAUAAUAUGGGUCAUCAGCCUGCUGAGAAUAGCAGUGACAGAGCCCCUCCUCCAAUGGCCUCCAGUAGCAGAAUGGUUCAAGCUAGUGGGGAGAAAUGUGAGGCGCAGCAUAAUUGUCAUGAUAAUGCUGCAUCCAAGCCAGACCGAGUGAACCAAAACAGUGCUGCCAAUCCACUUGAGUUGGAUGAUUUCUUAGACGAGGUAACUGAAGAAUCACCAAGUAAAGCGAAUAGGGUUACAUUACCUACACCAAAGACGACGAAAGUUUCUCCCCUGAAGAAGUAUGAAUUUAAAAAGAUCACCACGAGGAGAAAGCCCAUGAAAUGGAGUUCGUUGGAAGAAGACACUUUGAGAACUGGUGUACAGAAGUAUGGUACUGGAAACUGGAAGGUCAUCUUAGACACUUAUCAUGACAUAUUUUUAGUGAGGACAGCAUGCGACUUGAAGGACAAGUGGAGAAACAUGAUAUCGUAGGUAUUUAUUUUGAAGAAAUUUCACUCUUGUAUGAGAGCCUUUUGUUUUCUUAAGCAGAGGUAUGGCCUUGCAUAUUUUUUUUGUAUCAUGUAAAUGUCAAACUUCCUCCCUGUGUAUUUUGUUAGA